AAUUUAUGAUCAAGGGAUCAACAUGGAAUACGAGGAAGAAAAGUUAACAGAAGGUCUUGUAUUGGCUCGAACUCGAGCUGUAGAUCUAGAUGGCGUCAAAAAGUUAAAUUUCUGGGGAUCAGAAAUCAGUGAUAUUAGUGUCGUGAGAAGUAUGCCAAAUCUAGAAGUUUGCAGUGUAAGUGUAAACAGCAUAACGACAUUAGCUGAUUUUGCAAGAUGUAAACAACUAACUGAGUUGUACAUAAGAAAAAACAAAAUAGAGGACUUAUCUGAAAUAUAUUACUUAAAAAACUUACCCCGUCUGAGGAAUCUGUGGUUAGCUGACAACCCUUGUGCUGAAAGGAAAAAUUACAGACAAACGGUUCUACGCACCCUCCCCAAUCUACAGAAACUGGAUAAUGUUGUUGUCACAGAAGAGGAUAAAAAGGAAGCAGAAGAAAACGGAGAAAUAUUAACCCCUCCUGAAGAUUUUGAAGAAGUGUUGAAUGAAGAUGAUCAGAAUCUACCAGAAAACGGCGAGCAAGAAACAGUUGAAAGUGAAAAAAAUGAUGAAUCUCCCAAGGAAGAUAACUCUCCACAAGUAGACAAACAGACAGAUGCCAACUCAAAAGUCAAAACACCAGAACACAAACCGAAGACUUCCCCUGUAAAACCCAAACAGUCCAUGUUGGAUCCUGUCACUUUAACCUGGGAAGAAACAAACAAAAUCAGAGAGGAGUUAGGCUUAAAACCCUUGCCAUUUGAGAAAAUCACAACGCCAAAACCUGUGCAGAAAUCCAAUGAGAAAUCAAGGAAUGCCCAUGUUUUACAAGCUGUGCUGAUUUUAAUACGGGAGUUAGACAGAGACAGUUUAGAGAUUGUGAACAGUGCCACACAGAAAAUGCUACACUCAGAUAUAUAGCGCUCUAUAAAUUAGUCAUGCUUUUACAUUUUUUUUUCACAAAAACAAUUUUAUUAAGUUUUUGAAUUAUUUAAGCAUUUAUAUUUAAAAUCUUGCAAUAAACAGAGGUUCCUAGACAGAUGAUGAAGGAAACUGGACCUUGCAUAAACAAAAUGAAUGUGCGUAAAAUGUGUAUGUGUGGAGGAGACUUCUUAUUUAUUACCUUAAGUAUAUAAAUAGAUCACUUCUCAAUGUGUGUCUUUGCAAUAUUUUGAAUUUCGUGUGAAUAUUUUUGUUCGAGAUAUUUAUAUAGGAAAAAUAAAAAAAAGAUGUAAAAACCUUUCAGUAAAUGUUUAAGGUAUUACAUGACUUGCCACAAAAAGUUUUAUUAGUCUUCAUGUUUAAAGGAGGGAAAUGCAUGAAUGAAGAGUACUUGACAUAAAAUGACAGUCAACAGCUCGUUAGAGCUUGUGUUGUCUUUUAACUGCCAUACUGAUUUUAAAUAAAGCUUAGCUUAUCUUAUGAAGCAAAGGAGUUCAUUUAUUUGCAAUAAUACGUCAUUCACUCGAAAUUUUGUUUAUUUUGUCUUGUUUUUAAAUUUUAUCUAGAUCACACCUGUAUGUCUGUGAAUUGAACCCACUGUAAUUCUUAGUGAUUUUCUGUUCAAGAAGUUCUGAUUAAUCACAGAAAAGUGAGGUUUUGCUCAAAUAUUUUAAAGUAUUAGUGUUUUACAUAGUGUAAACAUUGUUUAUUGAAAUAUUUUUUUCAUCAAAUCAAUUCAUCAAUAC